AUGCAGAAUACAAAUCAGACUGCACCAAAUAGUUCUGCCGUAAGAACAGCUCUCUGGCGUGGAUUGCAUGGUCUUAUCGACGCAAAACCAUUAGUAAUCGAAGAUUCUGUCGGUCUUCAACUUGCAAAUCCUCAAGAAGGCUGGCAAGAACGUCCAGACAUGAAGUUUACAAAGCCAGUUCGCGGCGCAAUGGUCGGUAGAGCAAGAUUAUUGGAUGAUUACGCAAUUGAAUGCUCCAAGAAAGGAAUUCAUCAAUAUGUUAGCCUUGGCGCUGGCUUAGAUACAUUAGCUCAAAGACUUGGCGAUUCAUUGAAUAUGCAAAUCUUUGAAAUUGAUGAAGAACCUACAUUAACUUGGAAAGAAGGAAGACUGAAAGAGCUCAACCUAUCAAAGGCGUAUCAGCAUUUCGUACCAGUUAACUUCAUCAAGUCAUCUUGGUUCGAUAUUCUCAAGCAGUCCUCAUUCAAAUCAGAUCAGCCCUCUCUUUUGACAUGCGUUGGUGUUACACUUUAUCUCGAUAACAACGCAGUCCACGAAUUACUUAAGAACUCUGCAAACCUUGCAAAAGGCUCUAAAAUUGUUAUCGCAUUUUAUUUACCAAGCGAAGCUCUCACAGGCGAGGAUUUGAAGAUCUUCGAAAUGUCAAAGAGAGGUGCUGCUUCUUCUGGAACACCAUUUAUCAGCUUUUUCAUGCCAAAUGAAAUCAUCGAACUUGCUACAAAGUUUGGACUCCAGAAUCCAACAAUUAUCAACCGCAAUGAUAUGAUUGAAAAGUAUUUCAAGGACAGACCAGAUCAAUUAAUUCCAACUGAUGGAGAAUUCUUCUUGGUUGCAGAUGUCUAA